ACUGUUAAAACGGCCAUGUCUAAUCAAGAGUAUCCACGUGUCGUAGUUCAGCCUCCGAUUCUAUUCCUUGUUUGCCUCCUCUCCCUAAUUAUUGGUCCUCAAUUCUUAUGCCCAAUUGAUUCUACUUCUAUUUCUUCACUCAUAAAUUUCCUCAAAAACUCUCCCUCUAAACAGAUCAACGAUAUUAUGGGUAACGUUCUAAGAAUAUUGUACGGCCAUUGUUGUAAUCCGGCGGCCACCACUACUACAGGGCCCUACGGCGUCUCCGCCCUUGCCUACGAUAUCUUCCAAUUCGAGACCACUUCGCAGGUCCCAGAUGGACUGAGUAAGUAUGUUGUGUCGUCCAAGAAGGCUCAGGCUAAUUGGUAUGGAAAACUAUCUGAGGCAUGGAGAGAAGCCAAACCCCCUCCAAAUACAGCUGAAGAAGCAGCUAGGUUGGUCAUCCAAACCUUGAAAAGACACCAGAAGAAAGAUGUUGAGGGCUUAUUGACUUAUUAUGGUCUUCCUCUACCUCAUACUCUUGUUGAAGUUUCUACUGGGGUCCCAACUUCAGCACCUGCUGGAGUAAAGUUUGAAUUGCAGACCCUACCGAUUGAUGCGAAGGCGAUUGCUGAUGGAGAUACAGUGACGGUUUAUGUCAGCACAGCAGACCCCAGAGAAUCAUCCUGCCUUCCAAAAGACAUACAAAAGGCUGCUGAUCAGAGAUCGAAAGCGCGUGCCGUUAAAAACUAUGCCAAGGCUGAUGCACUUCACAAGCAAAUAAUUGAUUCUGGAUACCGGGUGAUAAGUCUUCAGGGCAAUGAGGAAGUUCUUGCCCGAAAGUAUCGGAUUCGACUGAGGGGAAUAGAUGCACCAGAGAGUAAAAUGCCAUAUGGUAAAGAAGCCAAGGAAGAGCUAGCUAAGCUUGUCCAGGGCAAGUGUCUGAGAGUCCUUGUCUACGAUGAAGAUCGUUAUGGCCGUUGUGUUGGUGAUAUUUAUUCCAAUGGAAUAUUUGUACAGGAAAUGUUGCUCAAAAAAGGGUUCGCUUGGCAUUACUCGGCCUAUGACAAACGCCAAGAACUUGCAAGAUGGGAAAACGAGGCUCGAGCAAAGCGAGUGGGCUUAUGGGCUUCCUCAAACCCUGAGAAGCCAUGGGAAUGGAGAAAGGACAGACGAGAAGGAAGGUAAUUCCUUGCUAGACAAAGCAUUGUUCUAGCCAUUUGAUGCAACUGAACACAUACAAUAAAAGACUGAAAACUGAGGAAAGUGUCGAUAACUUAUGUACAAGUCAUUUUUUUGUAUUUGUAUAUUUCAUCCUGCAAAAGGCUUGUUGUAUUAAUUGAAAUUUAUAUGAAGUCUGUAAUUUAUCAAACAUUCAUUGAAUAUCAAUGCAAAAAAAAAAACAGAAAGUUUAUACAGUUAAAUAAUUUGUAAUCUAUCUUCCAGAGAAAUAAUAUUUUUAUAUAUUUUUUUUAAAAUGUGAGCAAUAUGUUUCAGUCUUGAGCGAAACAUACAAGACUCCUUGCAGAGGCAAAACAGCAAUGCUAAACUCAAAAGAAAAAGCUCUAUCAUCUGACCAUCUCUGAAGAAUAACUCAAUGGGAUGCUUAUAACACUGAUCUUAUGGAAUAUUCAGCUACUUACCAAGAAAAGGAGGGGACCUUUUAAGUCCAUACAUGAACUUAAGUCAAAGAUAAACAAAAGUACAAUAUUACAAGUGCCUGCUAACAGAGCCCAAUUU